AUGACUAGGGAGCACAAUAAACAAUGCACAAAUGCACUCAAAGUAUUAAAACGUCACCCAUCUGCUGUACCUUUCCUAAAACCUGUAGAUCCAAUCAAGCUUAAUAUUCCUGAUUAUCCUGUUAUCGUAAAAACACCAAUGGACUUUAGCACAGUCGAAAAAAAGCUUAACAAUUAUGAAUAUAAAUGUGCUCAUGAUUUUGAAAAAGACAAACCAGCUCCUAAACCUGUUGCAGAAUCUUCUACUAAACCAAUAAGCAAACAAAACCUCAAACCUACUACGGAAGCUUCAUCUUCAUCCAUUGUAAAAACCGAAAAUUCUGAAACAAAUAGACCAAAAAGAAAGAUCAAAUUCCCUAAUAAAGAACUUCCUCAAAUCACUCAACCAUCUCGUCGUAAAAGAACAAAGAAAAACAUUGACCUCAAAUUCUGUCGUUUAGUGUACCAGGAAUUGAAAAAGCGGCAGCACUUUACAUAUGCUUAUCCAUUUUAUGAGCCUGUCAAUACUGAGAAAUUGGGUGUUCCUGAAUAUUAUAAUGUAAUCAAAAACCCCAUGGAUCUUUCCAAGGUUCAUAGUAGAUUAGAAAGUGAAGAUUACGCAUCUGCAGAAGAUAGAUUAGAAAGUGAAGAUUACGCAUCUGCAGAAGAGUUUGAAGCAGACAUACGAUUGAUGUUUGACAACUGUUAUAAAUUCAACGCCCCUGGUACUGAUGUAUAUAACAUGGGUAAACAACUAGAAAAUGUUUUUGAUAAAAAAUGGGCAGAAAGACCAAUCCCACAACCUCAUUCAGCUGCUCGUGAAAAAUUCAAGGAGGAAGAAGAAUCUGCUUCAGACAAAGAAAGUGAACAAGCUAAACACUUGAAGGCUUUACAGAAACACCUUGCUGCUUUAUCGUCUCAACUCAAUCAAUAUAGAAAAUCAGGAAAGGCCAAAACCAAAAAACCUGCCACCAAAAAAACUGCCAAAAAGGCUACUAAAUCAAAAUUAAAGUCUGAUGCUGAUACAUCAACCGAUUCAAUACCAAAAGCAAAACGUCGACGAACUUCAAAAGACGACAUUGACGCUUUUGUUAACGAGAAUGAUGACAAAGAACUUA